CCGCCCCGGGUGCGAUUGGCAGCGAGGCGCAUACAAACGUAACGUCCCGUCUCCAAGCCAGGCGACCGCAUAACACAACGGCAUGUUGAUAUCCCUCACAAUCUUCUCUUAAAGCAAUACAAUCUGACCCUUGGUCGAGAUUGCUGCCAAUCAACAUGCCGGCAUACCACUCCAUCUUCCUAGGCGACCAGGGCGUCCAAUUAAUAGGCAACUUCCCUCUACUGCCGUUGCGCACAAAAACCCGCGGACCAGCAUAUACUCUCCCGCAACUACCGCCAGGCACAGACCCGCUCGAUGUCGACCCAGACUCAGAGUCGUACGACUGCCUGGACGAAGUCCUUCAACUAUUCCGAGCCAACACAUUCUUCCGCAACUUCGAGAUCAAAGGACCUGCGGACCGCAUGCUGAUCUACGGGAUCUUGUUUGUGUCCGACUGUCUGACCCGAGUGAAACCGCACAUGGACUUCAAGAGCGCGGAAAAGGUUCUCAUAAACGGCGCCCUCGAGCAGUUCAGCAUUCCCGGCGAGCCAGGCUUCCCUCUGAACCAAGCAUUCGAAGCACCGCGAGAUAGGACCGAGGCUGAAGCGCUGAGGAGCUAUCUGUCCCAAGUACGGCAGGAGUUGGCCAUGAGAUUGCACGGGAGGUUAUAUGCCGGCGGAGUGGGACCGAGUAAAUGGUGGCUAAGCUUUUCAAAGAGGAAAUUCAUGGGGAAGAGCUUAUAGAAGUUGUGUGAAAGGACGAGGUCCAAAAAACGAACAAUUAGAGCGAGCUUUAGCACGAAUUGCAUGAACAUCCAAGAAUCCUA